AUGGGGAACCCAGUCGUGGAGCACAGCCCCCCGCCACCACCCCAGCUCACCGCCGAGGAGUAUCGGGAGUGGAAGCAGACAAGGGACGCCGAGAGGGCAGCGCGUGUGGCACAGGAUGCGGUGGAUCGGGAGGCCGGCAUCCUGUCUGGGAGCAUCCCCCCCGAACAGCUCACGGGGAGGGAGUUGGCCAGGCACUACCCAGAGCUCUUUGACGGCUACUGA